AUGGUUGUUCAUAGUAGGUGGGACUCACUGAGGGAGGUAAAAUCAAAGAAAGGAAAAGAUGCCACAGCUAUUAUAUUGAAUCCAACCUUCUGGAAGGAUGUGAAGCUAACGGUGAGUGUUUUUGAGCCAUUGUUCAAAGUUCUCCACUUGGUUGAUGGGGAUGUGAAGCCAUCCAUGGGUUUCAUUUAUGGAGAACUACUAAAGGCAAAGAGAGAGAUCAAGGAGGCCUUGGGCAAUAAUGAGUCUCGCUACAAGGAGGUAAUUGUUGUUGUUGACAAGAAGAUGAAAGGAAGACUUGAUUCUCCACUGCAUUUGACACCUUAUUUGCUGAAUCCACACUACAGUUAUGUUAAUCCAACAAUCUUUGAUGAGCCCACAAUAACAGAAGGAUUCAUUAGUUGUGUGGAGAUCUUCUAUUUUCAUGAUGAGGAUAAGCAAGAUCAGGCUGCCCAUGUUGAACUGAGAAAGUUUCAGAAUAGGGAAGGACCAUUUAGAAAGAAGCUGGUAAAGACUUUCCAAAAUUUUGAUUACAACCCAGGUAGAGCAUCAUGGUGGUGGCUGUAUGGAACUGAAGUACCAGCCUUACAGAAGAUGGCAACAAGGAUCCUCUCUUUGACAGCAAGUGCCUCUGGUUGUGAAAGAAAUUGGAGCAGGUCACCAGGGAGGGGCCAGGCGACGGCCGGCCGGUUCCUGUGCUCCGGCGCGGUGGCGCGCCAUGGGCGCCACCCGGAGCUCGCCGGCGUACGCUGA